AUGGCAACACCCCCAACUUCCGCCGAUGCUGCCGCUAUGGCCAUCGUCCAGGCGACUAUAUCACCACCACCAACGUCACAGGAAACGGCAGACCACGCGCUGACAAAGGCAACACGAACAACAAAGCCAGCUGCAACCAAGGCGGCAGCGAAGAAGGCUGCGGCGGCGAGGAAGCCAACUGCCAAGAAGGCGGCGAGGAAGCCGGCAGCCAAGAAGCCGGCAGCCAAGAAGCCAGCAGCCAAGAAGCCAGCAGCCAAGAAGCCGGCAGCCAAGAAGCCAGCAGCCAAGAAGCCAGCUGCCAAGAAGGCUGUUAAGAAGCCCGUGGCAAAGAAGGCGGCGAAGAAGGCGCCGAGGAAGGCCGUGAAGAAGGCCCCAAAGAAGAAGUAG